AGGCUCAGGCCCUGGAAGGACCGUAAAAUUUGGCCAGCUUAGUUUGGACACCUGGCAAAGGCCAAGUUCUGAGAAGCAAUGGUGAUGAAGGCCUUUGUCCUGUUGGCCAUCUUUGCAGAAGCCUCUGCGAAAUCAUGCGCUCCAAAUAAAGCAGAUGUCAUUCUUGUGUUUUGUUAUCCCAAAACCAUCAUCACCAAAAUCCCCGAGUGUCCCUAUGGAUGGGAAGUUCAUCAGCUGGCCCUCGGAGGGCUGUGUUACAACGGGGUCCACGAAGGAGGUUACUACCAAUUUGUGAUCCCAGAUUUAUCACCUAAAAACAAGUCCUAUUGCGGAACCCAGUCUGAGUACAAGCCACCUAUCUAUCACUUCUACAAUCACAUCGUUUCCAAUGACAGCACAGUGAUUGUAAAAAACCAGCCUGUCAACUACUCCUUCUCCUGCACCUACCAUUCCACCUACUUGGUGAACCAGGCUGCCUUUGACCAGAGAGUGGCCACUGUUCAUGUGAAGAACGGGAGCAUGGGCACAUUUGAAAGCCAAUUGUCUCUCAACUUCUACACUAAUGCCAAGUUCUCCACCAAGAAAGAAGCUCCCUUUGUCCUGGAGACAUCCGAAAUCGGUUCAGACCUCUUUGCAGGAGUAGAAGCCAAAGGGUUAAGCAUUAGGUUUAAAGUGGUCUUGAACAGCUGUUGGGCCACCCCCUCGGCUGACUUCAUGUAUCCCUUGCAGUGGCAGCUGAUCAACAAGGGCUGCCCCACGGAUGAAACCGUCCUCGUGCAUGAGAAUGGGAAAGAUCACAGGGCAACCUUCCAAUUCAAUGCUUUCCGGUUCCAGAACAUCCCCAAACUCUCCAAGGUGUGGUUACACUGUGAGACGUUCAUCUGCGACAGUGAGAAACUCUCCUGCCCAGUGACCUGCGAUAAAAGGAAGCACCUCCUGCGAGACCAGACCGGGGGAGUCCUGGUCGUGGAGCUCUCCCUGCGGAGCAGGGGAUUUUCCAGUCUCUAUAGCUUCUCAGAUGUUCUCCACCACCUCAUCAUGAUGUUGGGGAUUUGUGCCAUAUUAUAGGAGUUAGCCACACGCUGCCACUCCUUCACCCAUAAUCAUCCU